GGUGCGGCGCCGCACUUCCGAGUGUUCCUGGCUCCGAGGAAGACAUCAUGGACGGCAGGACUUUGAGAUAUACGAACUGUCGCAGAGGCAGGGUAGUCGGGGAGCACGGCGAUGAAAUGAUGGAUUGGUGGCGGUUGGAAGUUUUUGGUGGGGCGGACGCUCUUAUCUUAUCGGGAGACCGCGGGGUGGUUGCCUGCCAAGUCCGGGUGCUGCGAUGCAGCAAGGACGAUGCUCAAUUGAGAACACGCUCGUUUAUAAGGACUGCAGCAGGAUGAAUCAAGGUCAAACCUGGCCACACUUCAAAAGUGACAUAAAGUCAAAAUAAAUCCAAAGCCAGAUUCUAAGAGAAUCAGCCAGCGUUCAGUCGCCAGAGAUGACCCCAUCAUUUCUGGCGUCCAUCAUCAUGAACCGUCGAUUACCCCUGGCAAAACAUUAGCAUUCACCACCAGACCUUCAUCAUCCCAUCUAGGACGACAGGAACCUGUCCAUCAAGGGACAGUAACACGUCUAUCUCGGGCUACUGCCGAAGGUAGCGCCAUGGCCGGUAGGUACAGUACAUAGAGAUGAAGCACGCGUAAGUGGAAUCCAACACAGAUGGACGGUGUAGGUGGCAGACUUACUUGGCUCGUGCGUCCCCUGCUAUCGCCGGCGAUAAGCUAUUGACAACACCCACGGACGGCUGCAAACACCGACAAGGCUCCAGAGUCAAAGCUCCAGACAUUCAGCUGCUCAUCAAGACAGGGCAGAAGUCUUGUGGGAAGUCCCCUUCUUUCUCCACCAUCAUCAACAAAUAUGCCGAGACCCGCGGGCUGCAUCUGCUCUCCUGUUUCCGUCACCACAACACCCUUCCCAGCCUAGCACUUGACGUAUCCGACUUCCAGGUUGCCCCAAUCCAAUGGCAUCUCCCGGCUCAGCCUCGUCAACAGGCGCACCUUUGCGGUCGAUAUCAACCAAAGGCCAAAAGCUACCACCGUCAAGCUUCGAUGCCGAUAAUGUUCCUGUCGAGGUGCUGGUCAAGCAUUUGCUUGCCGCGAAGCAGUCGCUCUCUUCCAUGGCGCUUGUGCUUCGCGCCAACGGCCUUUCCACCCAUGCCCGCCAGAUGCACGAGGAGUCGGUUGUCCUGAGCGCGCAGACGGCCUUCUUGCGCAGUGGCAUCAACGACCAGAUCUUCAUCCUGCGACAAGUGCGCCGAAAGAUGGUUUCCGUCUAUAACAGCGGGCGCAAGGAUUUCGACCGGCUUAUCCGGGCGCUGGACGGCGUCAAUGGCCGGCUCGAGAAGACCAUCCAGAUGCUUCGUGAUACGGUUGUGGAGCCUGCAUUCCGCCCUCCAGGUGAAGAGACCAGGUCGUUGAUAGACUUUGUCGAUGAGGGCCAGGUUGACAUACUCCGAGAAUCCUUGAAAUCUAGCAUAGCCGAGCUCAAAGCCGCGCAAACCUCUUUCGACGGCGACCUCCUCCGGUUCGAAGACGAUUUACGUUUUCUCAACAAACGUCUUCCGUGCGCGUCCUCGAACCCCUCCCCGUCUUCCUCGAGCUCCCACAACCAGAUGCCCCAGCUCUUGGGCCAGCUCUCCGACCUCUCGCAUUCCAUGGCACAGCAUCUCAGCUCCCUAACUCAGCAUUUCGACAUGUGCGUUACUGCUGUCCGGUCAACCGAGGGGGGCGCCGCUCUUGCUCGUCGCAGAGCCGCAGAAACAACCGAGGACAGCGGAGAUCCCGUCUCCAUCUCCGGCGUAAUUACAGAGCAGGAAUCUCGCAUGGCCGAGCUUGAGCCAAUGGAUCCCCACGAGAGGGCCGAGAUAAUACAAGUCGUCUUGGAAGAUUCGCCUCAGGUGGAGGAAGUUGUUUCGGAGAUACAGAAUGUGCUGCAGCGCAUGGAGGACGUCUUCGGAGCACUGAAAGACCAAGCCGACACGAUUCGCGCCGAACAUGUGUCUACUGUCAAUGCGUUCGCACUGCUGGAGGAUAUUGGAGCCAAACUGCCGAGUUAUGUUGGUGCCGAGGACGAAUUUGUACAACGUUGGGAGGGAGAAAAGGAAACAAUCUUUGAAAAGAUGGAUGAGAUGGAGCGCCUGAAGGAGUUUUAUGAGGGGUACUUGACUUCCUAUGACCGACUGAAGGAGGAGGCAGACAGACGAAGGGUUGUAGAGGACAAGAUUGCCAAUACCUGGCGCAAGGCGAAGGAGAUUGUGGAUGAUUUGCUAAGAGCGGACCAGGCGAAGCGAGAGCUCUUCCGGCAGGAAGAUGGAGAGUUCCUGCCUACGGAUCUAUGGCCAGGAAUGAACGACCCGCCCAAACGAUGGGAGGUUGUGCCGGUGGAAGAGGAGCCAAGCACGCCUCGACCUGUCAAGGCACAACCGAAUGUGAUGAGGAAUAGCUAAGAUUUUGCUUUUGGUUUAUUCCAGAUAUCGUUUUUUAAGCGGGGAGAAUGGUAUCUCAAGUAGCUAGGCGUUGGUUGGGUGUUGGUUUCGGGAUACCCAGACUUGUAUCUUUUUUUGUUAUCAACAGGGCCAGUGAUAGGAGAUCUGUGAUAAUACCUACGCAACAUGCUGUCUUUAAUCUGACUUCCUUGUCGCUACACAAGUUUACAC